UCGUGUAUUAAUAGUAUUUUGACAUGAGUUUUGAAAAUAGGCUUUGUACAGAUUACACUACUGAAAGUGCAGUUAAAGAAAAGUGCCAAAAAUGGAUUGAUUCCAUAGAGCCAUUGACUACCAGCGUUGACGGAUUCUCUAUUAGCGAUUGCAGCACAGAAUUUGUGUCAACCGCUGCAGAUAGUGAUUUAGAUUUAACAAAUGAUGAUGAUAACAGUGUUGAUACAGGUAAGGUAAAUUUAGGAAACGAAUUAAAAAUUAUGUCCAACACGGUCUCGCACAUUAACCACACGGAAAUAUUGCAAACAGUUUUAAAAGGAAAUAGCACACAAACUUUUGAGAAUAUUCAGGUCGCAAAUUCUAAUAAAGUACACAUUGGUAAUGUCACCUACGUGACUGGACCAAUUCAUAUAAUACACAACAAUGGUGGCAACAUGGGAUCUAUCCAUCAAAUCGCUUCUACUUCAUCGACAGCAACGCAGCAACAUCCAUCACGAGGAACGAAUGAUACUAACAUUAAUUACGAUCAUGUAGAAGAGGAGGAGCGAAAUAAGGAUGAUUUGUUUGUGAGUAAUGUUGUAAAAAAUGUGGACAGCAGAGUGCUACGCAUAGUUGAUCGACGAACAUGGUUAGCUCAACCGGCUUUGGAAUACAAAACACUAGAUACUCCUGUUCCGUAUGUGAUUAUAUCACACACUGCCACGGAAUCUGCUGAAACACAAGCAGGAAUGGUAUACAUGGUAAGAAAUAUUCAGUGUUUUCACAUUGAGUCAAGGCGUUGGAAUGACAUUGCCUAUAAUUUUCUGAUUGGCAACGAUGGAAAUGUAUAUGAAGGACGCGGUUGGAAAAAAGUUGGCGCUCACACUUAUGGUUAUAAUGAACGAGGAAUUGGCAUAAGCUUUGUAGGUUGCUUCAUGAAUGAAUUACCUACUAAAAUUGCAUUCGAUGCUUGUAAAUUAUUAAUCAAAAAAGGAGUUCGGGAAGGAUACAUUCAGAAAGAUUAUAAACUAAUCGCACAUUGCCAAUGCAGUCCAACAGAAAGCCCGGGUAGAAUGUUAUUCGAAGAAAUAAAAACAUGGCCUCAGUGGAAAGCAGAACCAUAAUGUGAAAAUAUCAAAUAUUACAUAUGACAAUUUAUAGAUGACUUCGUCUUAAGAUAAAUUACUCUGUAGUUUGCAUGCAAAUCC